UCCGAUUCAUCCGGGAUUCGCGUGGCGCGACGCGACGCGACGCGACGCGGCCCAGCUUUGAGCGGCUUUGAGCGUCCUUGUCAACGUCCGGACACGGAGGUGAGGACAAGUCCUGUUGACGACAAAGCGAAACGAUCUCAUUCUCCGUCUCGACGAUGCCGAGACAUCGGGUAUUCGUCGGGCACUCGGUCGAGAUCGGAACGCCGGUGUCACGGCGGCGCCCGCUGAAAUCACGGUCGGAUCUUCUUUCAAUGGGAAGCCGCUGAGGAAAUCCGCUCGUUUCACAUUUACAUUAUAUUUUAUAUUAUAUUCACGGCAUUAAUAACGUGUUCGCAACGGAGGGGUAAAAGUUCGGAAAACGAGACUUUCCUACAUCCUGAUGAAAGUCCGCUCUCGAAAGCGGAUUACCGAGAUGCCGAUAUACGCGCGGAUUGCGGCCAACGAUCAUAUCAUCAUCGGCCCACGAUUGACCCACGUCGUAUAUCACGACGAAGGUGAGGUGAAGUCGUGCAGAUCAUCCGAACAAUAAUUUUCAAUAAAGUGCGCGUCUUCUGACCGGUCCAAGCGUUCACACUUUCGCGUGGGAAUCGAUCCAUGCUCUAAAACUUCCAAGGAUAGCUACUAUAUACUUAUGAUGAUGAAAUUAAUCCGCGAGUGCGAAUGGUGUCGUCUUGCGUUAUUAAAUCUUUCGUUACGUUGGAAAUUAUGUCCAAGGAUCGUGCACCACAAGACGCACCAAGUUGAAGUAAAUUUCGCGAUAUGGAUUCAUGUGAAUAAUUUGUAUUUUUUCGUCACGUAAUCAAUACUAAUUGUAAUAACUGACAUUCAUUGAUGACGAUGCAAUCGCAACAUCACGAGCAACGACGCGAAAUCACCGCUGAUAAUUGCUGCUACCAGCAAUGGUCGGCGCAUCAUUAUCACCAUCAUCAUCAUCAUCAUCAUCAGCAGCAGCAGCAGCAGCAGCAGCAGCAACAACAGCAGCAGCAGCAGCAGCAACAGCAGCAGCAGCAACAACAACAACAUCAACAGCAGCAUCUGCCCGCUGUACCGUCGCCCAUGCAACAAAUGGAAGCCUGUUUGCAAAGCGCCGGAAGAGUAAAGAGAUCUCGCAGUCCGAAUCAUCCGAUGAAGGCCAUUUUGCCGAUUCAUUCGGCGAAUCCCCCGGCGAUUUCCCCGCGAUCUGCCACGAUGGAAUCGCGCAACGAUAGUAACAAUAACAAUAGUCAUCACGGUGACCAUCAUCCGAGCGAGGAUAGUGGGUCCUCCGUCGAGGAAUCAAGCGCGAAAAGGCCGCUCCAUCCGGCGCUGCUCGGUGCUGGCGCCGCUCUGGAGGCGAAGCCGCUCUGGGAGGAAUUCCAUCAGCUUGGCACCGAGAUGAUUGUUACGAAAGCCGGACGAAGAAUGUUCCCCACGUUUCAGUGUCGACUGUUCGGCUUAGACCCCAACACCGAAUAUCUGAUGGUGAUGGAUUUCGUCCCGUGCGAUGACAAGAGGUAUCGAUAUGCUUUCCACAGCAGUGCCUGGGUCGUAGCCGGUCGCGCUGAUCCCAUAUCACCCCCUAGGAUCCACGUGCAUCCCGAUAGUCCUGCGAGUGGCGCUCAUUGGAUGAAGCAGCCAAUUUCCUUCGACAAGUUGAAAUUGACUAACAAUCAGCUUGACGAUAAUGGACACAUUAUCUUGAAUUCGAUGCACCGUUAUCAGCCGCGUUGUCACGUAGUGGUCGCUCCUUCGCCACCAGGCUCGGCGCCGGAUCCUCGCACGGAGAACUUCAAGACAUUUUCCUUUCCAGAGACUAGAUUCACCGCGGUCACCGCGUACCAGAACCAUCGGAUAACGCAGCUCAAGAUUGCCAGUAAUCCAUUCGCCAAGGGUUUUCGGGAUUGCGAAUCGGACGAGUGCGACGGCGUGGCGGCCGUCGGUGCAGGGAUGCCGAAUCCUGCCAAAAGACCAGCCACGGGAGUCACGAGUACCGCGAGUACCACCAUAAAUACCCUUCUCCCAUCCGGUUACAACGCCAUGCCGAUUCCGGCGCCGAUGCAGAUUCCGGGUGCAAUACCCGCUGCCACCUCCCAGGAACACCAUCAGUUCUAUGGCGCAACGGGCGCCGUAACAGGUAGCCAUUGGACGCAUUAUCCGAGCCAUCAUGGACAGUCAUCGGCCCACGUUAACACGGUUCAUUAUCCGAUGCAUUCGCAGCAUCCGCAUUCGAGCGCGUCUCUCUACGGACCGCGAUAAUCAUUAAUUUGACUGCGCCCGCGCGCCGCCCUCAUGUGCGGUUCUCAUCGAUCUCAUCGUUUCUACCUUCGUCGGCCUCUAAUUACGUAUGUAACUAAUAUAUUUCAGAUUUUUAUGUCGAAUCGUCGAAAACAAUCAAUUUGUGCACGCUUAAACGAUGGAGACGAAAAUGAUACGUGAUACGUAUCAUUCGCAGUUCGUACCGCGCGUAAUAUAUAUAGUUUUGACGUAUUUUCACAUCUCGAUCCGACGCUUUUUUACAAUUAAUGCAACGGAACGCAAGAAUUUCCUUCUUGAAACGUGUUGACGUGACUUUAGACUUGCAGAUGUACUCUUUUAAAAAUACGCACGCUAAACAACUUUUCUUGCGCGACCUCUCAUAAAAGAUAAGACCUAAAAAACAGUGGAUUAUCAAAAUAUUGCAUAUAUGUUCUGAAUUUCUCUUACAAAUCUAUUAU